AAAGCAAGUCACAGAGAAGUGAAUUUUGAAAACAGGUAUUUAGCUCAAGUGAGUUUGAAAUUCAAUAUUUUAUUUUUUAAGGCUAACUUGGCAUUAUAUGGAAGUAUAUUAAUACUGUGUCUUUAAAGGAAACACACACUUUGAUCUUUGACUUUGAAGAAACGUUAACGUUGAUAUUGUAAACCAGCUUUUAAAUUAGACUGUCGCAUUUAAAACUUUAAUAACCACAGUACUAGUGAAUCUGUAAAACUGGAAUUGACAGAUAACAUGGUCCAUAAAAAUUCUUAUUUUAAAUCAGUUUAGGUGAAAAUGGCGAUAAAAAUCAUAAUUGUGGUCUUCAUGGGAUUUUGUCUCAUUCAGGCAAAUGCAAACUUUAUAAAAAGUGGUGUAAAAGGUAAAUUGUGCGAUAUAUGAGGGCCCCCUAUACCUCUUCACAAUAUGCUUUCACGUAAAAAUAUUUUGCCUUUUCACGAGUCACGGAUUAAGAAAAUCAUCGAUCACGUUUCACGGCUAAGUAAAAUAAGCCCUUCACGCUUCACGCAAAACGUAUAGGGGGCCCGAUCACGUUUCACGGCUAAGUAAAAUAAGCCCUUCACGCUUCACGCAAAAAGUAUAGGGGGCCCUCAUAUAUAUAUUGUCCAAUAUACCGUUACUCAAUAUUUCCAUUUUCAGCUUGGAAAUCCUGUUUGAAUUUGUUCCGAAGGAGUCAGAAUAUUAUGUCAUUGAGUUGGAGUUAUAAGAUAUAGAUGUAGUUAUAAUUAGUAAAUUCGAAUAGGAAACUAUAUCGUUAUCUUUUCGUUUUUAGAUAAAUUGGAGCAGGAUGAAUCAGAGAUUAAUCAAGAUAUCGAAGGUUGGAAAUAAUAGUAUUACAUAUAUUACAUGAGUGUUGUAAAAAUGGAUUUAAAAAAAGUGGUAUUUUCUUUCAGGGACUUCCGUUUCCAUUUUUCGUUAAAUUAGAAUCCUUAGGGGUACAAACCUUGACCAUGCAAAGUCUUACCGAUUUGUAUAAUUCAUUUAUAUAGUCGAUAUAGUCGCAUUCAAAAAAUUUUUUUUCUGAGAAAAAUAUUGAGACGGAUCGAAGGUGCAUGCAAUAUAUUCAGUCAUUAUUCACAUAAAAAGUUUAAAAUUGGCAGUUAAUUGAUUAUGAACGCAAUAUCUGUCCUGCAUAUACAUUAUCUAUAAUAUAUACAUGUACUGCAUGUAGUCAAGUUGGGAUCAGUCGUUUAAAGAACAAUUCUUGUUCAAGUAAUUUUUAUAAAUUAACAAGCACUUCUUUAUCAAAAUUUAACAAAUCACGAUUGUUUGGUCCAGCCCGAGGCAAAAGCGAUGAUCGGAGCUUAUAUAGCACUGAAUUAAGCCAUUAUUCACCAUGUAUGACCAUGUGCAUGAAGAAAAUAAACAAUGUUAUUAUUGCACGCCUUCCACGCAUGAAGUAUAUAGGUUCCUCCUGCCUGUUAAACUGCAACAGUGAUGAAUAGUUCCCGUCUACGGACAAACUCCGGGCAAAGGAAACCUUUACGCCAUAAGAUAAUUAUACAUUAAAUAUAUAUGUGUAACGUAAAAGGAUCAUAUAAUGAUUCUUGUGACACAAGAAAGAAAAUAUGAAGCGAGAACGUUAAAUGAAAAUUCUGCGAAGGAAAUACAACUUUGCCGUUUGCCGCUCCCACAAAUAUGAAGAAUAAACUCCCUUAUAUGUUUCUCCACAACUUUGCCUAGUUCACAGACUUCUGCAUGAGGCAAAUAUUUGAGAAGUAAAUGCUACAAGUAAUUCUAAUAUGCCAGCGCGGUGAUGCAGGAUGACCAUGCAGAACUUAAUUUUUUGGAGGUAAAGACAAAUUAUAGUUGGAUUUACUAGUAUAGGUUGAAAACUGUCUGGGUUUUUUUUCAGGAAACGUUUCCAAACGAGGUUUGGCUGUAGUUAUUCCACUAAUAGAACUUGGCAUUAAUGUCUUACAAUCAGUACUAGAUGCUCUUGGUAACAUAGAGAGAACUAUUGCGAUUGGAAUUGGUAAUGACACACCAUAUGAAUGGAAAGCUGAUGGUGUUUAUUUCCGUUCUGGUACAUCUGAUGAAUUUCUUCCUGCCUAUCUGAGUUCAGAAGAAGGCGCCAUUUUUCCAGGGAGAAAAACGGAAGGUCCUGUUGCAACAGGUGUGGUGGGUGUUCUCUGUUAUUACAUCCCUAAGCGAAGAAAAUCUCUGUGUGUUAUGUUCAGUGUGCCAUUUGAUUAUAAUUUGUACUCCAAUUUGUGGGACGUACAAAUGUUCUCUGGUAAGAUCUCGCCAGACCAACAGUUGUAUGAACAGAUGUAUUAUGGUAGUCCUUACAGCGGUGACAACAGGUAAUUUGUGCAAUCAUUUUCAUAUGAAACCUAUUUCUCUCCAAAAGGUUAAAUAAUUUUUAAAAUUUAAUUAAUUAAGAAUUAAUUAAUUUUUUAAAAUAUUGAAUUGUUUGUUCAUCAUCACAGUCUGCGGCAUUUAAUGGGUUUCUGUGUUACCGACCACAGACUAUUUGCCGUCUGUGAUAUUAAGAAAAUUAACGUAUAUCUCUGCUUAGCUCCUAUAUUAACUUGUCGACUUACCAAUUAUCAGUCUAGGAAUACUAUUUGAAGUCAGUAUGCCAGUACACGUAUAAUAUAUAUGAGUGACAACUAUUCCAUGCAAAAAUCCCAUUUACUUGCAUGCAAAAAAUGUGGGAAAUACAACGACGCCGUUUAGACUUCAGUUUCAUAAUCAUAAAAGCUCGCUUAAUUAAUAGGUAUAUGGUGGGGUUCAAAGAGCGAUUUUUCGCCAACAUUUGUAUGCUCAUUUUUCGAAGAGGGUAGCUCAGUAGUGUAUGACGCGUUAGUAUACAUUAGGGAUAGGUAUAUAUAUUCAAUGGAAAGGAAAGGUUUUUGGAUUGAAAAGUUGAACACCUACGUCCCUAUGGGUUUGAAUGCAAGGGAUAGUUAUUAAGUGAUGUAUGCAAUUAAUGCAAAGUAUUCAAGGAUGUAGACACUUGAACUUUUUUCGUUUCUGACGAAUAGGGCGGCGCCCCAAAACGCUGUAAAUAAAGUUUUUUCUUAUUUUUUAUCAAUAAUAUUUCGGUUUAUUGAAGCUAUAUGGAUGUCUUUCCUUUUGGUAUAUGUGUGUGGGUGGGUGUGGAACAAGUAAAUCCGAGUGUUAUCUAUGAUCUAGCAGCACAACAUAUUCUAAAUAUCAAUCACUCUUCCCCUCUCAUUUGUCUCAAAUAGUGAGUUUCAAAUUAGACAUUCAUUCUUACUUCCAUUCUUUCUUUUAACAUUAGAUACCACGAGAAAGAUCUUGGUCAUGGUUUCAUCAUGGAACAUGGUAUCAUGAACAAUGCAGGAAACGCAAGACUCAUGAUAAAUAUUGCGACGAAAUCUCGAUAAAAUUUAAAAUAUAUUCUAUCUCUAAUAUAAUAAAUGCUUGUAGAAGACAAGAAAAAAUAAGUAAAAUACAAAAAGAAACCAAA